AUGCCCAAGGUGGUCAAAAGCAUUGCGAAGAUGGGUGUAACUCACCCUGAAGUCUUGAGAACCGCACGGGCACAUCAGGCUUUCCAGCACUUUGCAGCAGCACUGCGUGUUGGAUCUGAUGGAGACUUUUACUACAAGAGUCGCAAGAGUCAUAAGAUCUCGACCUUUUGGAGCCACUCUUGGCAUGGAGGACAUUGGAAAAAAAUCCUUACACUGAUCCCCUUCUACAACGGCACUGCUGCUGUGUCAUUGGGUUUGCUCACAGGUGUCCUCAUGAUGGUGCUUUUCUGUUUCGGACAGCUUCCUGGCUUUUCCCGUGGCUGGCAUGACAUCAGAUGGUCCACCUGGUCACUUUGUUCAGGGGUUCUGGUCACCUGUUUGGUGCCCAUGUUUUGGCGACCGCAGACACAAGUGUUCUUCGACCGAAUUUGCAUCAGCCAGGCGGACAGUGAAUUGAAAACUCAGGCCAUUUUUAGCUUGGCAGGGCUGUUGAAAAGUUCUGACCAAAUGCUGAUCCUCUGGGACCCAACAUGGACACAGCGAUUGUGGUGUUUGUUCGAACUGGCCGCCUUUUUGCAAAGCCGGAAGACACGGAAACAAGCCUUGAUUGUCAGGCCAGUUUUUCUCGGGCCAAUUUCCAUCGGCAUCUUCUUGACCAUGUCCAUUCUCGCCAUGCCUGCCACUAUGGUACCGAUUCAAAACCGAACAGUCGUUUUCAUUCCGAUGGGUGCUGUUUUGUUACUGGGCAUGAUGGCUGCCUACCCUGCUGUGAGUAUCUUGCGAAACUAUUUUAGAGACUUGGACGUGAUGAAGCAGCAGUUGUUGUCGAUCUCUUUUGACACAACAAGGAGUGCCUGCUGUGACCAAGACCAUGUGGACCCCAUGGGUCAAACCUUGCUGUGCGACCGGAGAAUUGUGAAAGAAUGUGUGGACAUUUGGUUUGGUAGCCAGCAAGCUUUUGAGGACACUGUGCGCUCAGAGGUUUUGAACAUUUUGGAGCAUGAACUCUCCGAAAGAGUUUUCAGUACGGCAUGGGCUCUCGGAGUCUCUUCUCCAGUCAUGUUGAUUUUCAUGGACCUUUGUUCAAGCUUUGCAUCACUUCCUUUGAUGGAAGGGGGAAGUGUGCUGCAACACCCUGCUCCUUCCUUGUUCAUUGAUGGCCUGCUGAUUUGGAUAUUAGCGCUGCCAGCGGUAAAAGAUCUGCUUAUAUGUUUUUGCAGGCUACUUCGGAAAAGGCCUGAGAACUUUUGCCUUGAGGCCCUCAAGAAUGCACUGACAUUGUUGCUCAUAUUGUGCCCUUUGGUGAUGCUCCUUGCAUCGUAUGGGUUUGCCCUCAACCCCGAUAUGGCUAAAAAUAGAUUGCUCGGAAAUGCCAUUUUCGCCGGCAGUGUGCUGAUCCUUUCAGUUUGUAAUUGCUUGCUGGCAUCGACGUUGAAGACACUAUUGAAGAGGCCCGGAUGGUGAAUCUACUCUGCAGAGGACUAGUACCCAAUUGAGCCUUUGCACCGUGCUAGGUUUUGCUGUGCAAAGUAUUUGGUAGAUGGAGACGUGAAGAAAGGAAUUCUGGCCCUUGAUUUGGGCACAAUUUGAACUUUUCAAGUAUUUUUGAACAAUCAAUCUGAUGGAAUGGGUUGAAUCAUACCCGAUGCACCACAAAAUUCAUUUUUUAGAUAGUUUUAUAGACCAAUCUGGACUGCAAUGUGGCUCCAGCGGACGAUAUAGGUACGUAUGUUCAAGCUAUGUUGCUAGAUUUGUCUAGUCCGAGUCUCACAAACAGCACACAAUCUCACCCUUGAACAGUUGAAAACUAAGUGCG